UGUUUACCAAUACUAUACAGUUAUACACACUUGGGCUAUCGGAGAACGUGCAGGUGCAACCUGGGGAAACCACAGCGUACAGAUUAUAAGAAGUUAUUUCAGUGUUUCGUUGGAACACACGGAAAUAACAGGCUGCGAGUGUGUGACCGCGAGUGAACUGAUAUUGGAUAUGGAAUAGAGAAUAUUUGGUGACCAUUUACUGGGAAUAUUCAGCGGGUUUUUUUGUUGUUGUUGUUGUUGUGAAUAGUUCUUGGAGAUUUGAAGAUACAAAAAAAAAUUAAUUUAAAAAAUGGCUACUGCCCGUGAUGAUGUAAAGACCUCUUUAACAGGGCAGCACAACCACAAAAAGAAUGUUCACAUCAGUGAAGAGAGGGCUGAGAUUAUUGAAAUUGUCGAAAAACACGGACCUCUCUACAAUGCCAUACCGUGCAUGCCUCUGCCCGUGGCAGUGUUCUGUUGCGUUUUUAACAUCGUCAUUCCUGGAUUUGGUACACUGAUAUCCGCCUUCACCGUGCUCUGUGGUGCCAAAACCAAGUUCCAGUCCACGUGCACUGCUCUGGGACUGAACAUUUUGACUGCUCUUCUGCAGAUGGCUUCCUUUAUUAUAAUAGUCGGCUGGGUGUGGAGUAUAAUAUGGGGAAUGAAUUUUGUCCAGAUAUCAAGUAAGAAAAUGCCAACAAGUGAUUCCCAGAGGAUUCCCUAUUACGUCAGAAGACAGAGCAGCGUCGAAUGACGGUAGGAGAACAGUGACUCUGACGUUAAACUCUUGCCAUCCUGUAGUUCAUCCAAAAAUACCAAUUAAUCUAUGGCUGAUUAGUCACAACGCAGAUGUCACUGACAAAUACGACUAUAAACUGCACGACGCCACAGCAGCAGCGCAAGAACGGAUACUUAUUGCAUCAUCGCCUUUGUGUGACGUCACAUAUUUUUAAUGACGACCGUAAUAAUGAUUGGUUGAUCACUCGUGAUUUUGCGGUUCCUUUUUUCCAGAUAAUACCUGUGUGGGAUGUUGAAUAAUGUUUUUUUUAAAGUGUGCUUUGUUGUACUGCCAAUGUUAUUUUGUUUUGAAAAGCACAUACAUGUAUAUGUACAAUUAUUACAUUCAGAACUGAUUGUGCAUGUGUACCUAUAUAUUGUAACGGUUGCAGUUAUUAUCCCAGAGAAACAUUAAACUAUUUGUACAUAGAUAAAUGUAUAUUAGCUUUGAGAACAUUUAUUAAAUACUUGUCUUACAGUGUCGACUAGCUAUUCCUAAUCUAUUGAUAUUUUUAUAUUAAAAGUUUCGUAUGUAAGGAAUUUAAUAUAUGUUUCAAUAGCUUUCAUUUUGUUUACACCUUCAACUAAACUAGCCUGUAAAAUUGGUUUGUUUCUUGUGUUUAUUUAGAUUGUGUAUGUAUAUAUAAUAUCUCACCAAGUGUAAGUAAUAUUUUGAUAUUCACACAAUGUGCAUAUUGCACAUAUUUCACGCGUCUCAAAGUAUGUCACGGCGGUUGACCAAAAGAACCUAUUCAACGUUGUUCCAUGGGCGUACAUAGGAUUUUGAAAAGGGGGGUUCCAAU